AUGUCGCUUUACGGUUGGCACCCCGGUGAACGCUCAAUCCGCGAAAAACUGGGCUUCGAUAAGGAUCACUCCCUCAACUGGUUGUACACCUAUGUUGACGGUGAUCUUCCCCCUGACCAUGGUGUUUUCUACUCGACACUACUCCCGUUUCUCCCUGUUACGACCCUGGAUUCGAUGGGACGACCGUGGGGGUCCAUCCUUGCUGGCGCAGAUGGCAAGCCGGGCUUUAUCUCGAAUCCGAGGUAUACAACGCUAUCAUUUAAUGUCAAAGUUUGGGACGGCGAUCCGUUCAUCAGGAACGCGAGAGAUUCUGGGGAUGGUGAGAUGCUGAUGGCGGGUAUUGGGGUGGAGUUUUCGACACGUCGCAGGAAUAAAUUUGCGGGGAAGAUCACGAAGGGAAAGGGGUGUGAUGACGGAUACCGGUUUGAGGUCCAUGUGAAUGAGGCCAUUGGGAACUGCCCAAAGUAUAUUCCUCUCCGAGAGUUCGUGCCAUACCAAGGCUCGCCAACGAUGGUUUACGACAAGCGCCAUCUUCGGAACGAUGAAGAACUUCCUGAUUCCGUCGUCUCCUUCGUUCACUCCUGCGAUACGACCUUCUUUGGCACUACCUACGCUGCAACCGCGGAUGAAGCGAGCCGAUUUCCAUCUCACCUUGGUAUGAAUAUCCGUGGCGGAAGACCUGGGUUCAUUCGCGUCCGGCCCGUAGACAAACGUACCCUCGUUCUCCCUGACUUUUCUGGAAACCGCAUCAUGACCUCCCUUGGGAACGUCGAGGCCACAUCUCUCGCAUCUCUCACCUUUAUCUCGUUCACGAGGGGGGAUAUCCUUUACGUAACUGGUCGUGCUCAAAAUCGUAUUGGACCAGAUGCGCAGAAGCUCAUCUUCCUUCAAGAGCGACUGACGACUAUUUAUGUGACGGGGUAUAUCUUUGUGAGGGAUGCUCUUCCCGUUCGACAGCGCCCGGGGACGUCUGUUGAGCUCAGUCCUUAUAGUCCGCCUGUACGACAUCUCGUUGAAGAGUCUGCACCGGUCCUCCGGUUUGAUGACGACUCUCCCGCUACAGCCGCACUUAAAAUUAUCACGCUCCACAGCCCGACUAUCGCUACCUUCACGUGGGACUCCUCCCGCGACCUAGAUAUAAUCCCCGGCCAAGCCAUCAUCCUCGACUUUUCCGGGUUUAUAGGGCAUCCAGGAUACAGACAUAUGGCGCCGGGUAACCCGACGUCGGUGAACGACGAUCGUAUUCGUACAUGGACAGUAUCUUCCUCGCAUGUGGGGCCUACGCUGGAGUUUGCGAUUACCGUGAGGGAGAAACCUGGUGGUGCGGCUACGGGAGCGUUGUUUUCGCUUGCGCGGAGGGUGGCGGACGUGAAACCGGGGUUGUUGGCUGAUAUGAGGUCGUUGGGGUUGUCGGUGCCGAUUGUGGGUGUUACGGGGGAUUUUACCCUCCCUAAGAGUGGGAAGAGGAAGUUGGCGUUGUUCGCUGGUGGGAUUGGGCUGACGCCGUUUUUGAGUAUGUUGAACAGUCUGGGUGGGGGUGGGGGUGGGGAUGAGUGGGAUGUGGUGUUGGUGUUGUCGACUAGGGAGCCGGGUGUGUUGGUUCCGCUGAUUCCGAGGCGUGAUAGGUUGGCGGUGCAUAUAUUUACCAACGAACUGGCUCUGGAGUUGGGGAGCGUUAUAGUACAUCGGGGGCGUGUGACGGCUGGGUUUCUCUUGGAGGGGCGGGAGGUGUGGACGGGGAGGGAGGUGUUUGUGUGUGGGCCUGAGGGGUAUCGGGAGUGUGUCGUUGAUGGGUUGGUUGGGGCUGGUGUUGGGCGGGAGAGCAUACGUCUUGAGGGAUUUGAGUAUUGA